GGAGUUUUGAAUUACUGGGUUUAAGAUAUCAGGAUAAUCAGAAUUUACCAGGUAAGGGACCUUCACACACAUAUUGUUGUUAUUAUGUUGAGCUGAUUCCCUGAGACUGAAAAAAAAUCUCUAUGUGUAUUUGUAUGUGUGUGCAAUAUAUAUUACAGAUAUGUUUUAUUUUAAGAGAUAGCUUCUGAGGUUUAAUGGGCAAUACAGUGAUGAAAUAGCAAGAUGGUUUGUGACCUUAUAGACAAAUAAAAUAUAUGAAAUCUAGAAUGUUGGAGGAAUUAAUCAUUUUUGGACAUUUAUAACAGACAGUCAACAUUAAUAUUUCUUUGUUGCGAAGAACAUCUUUUUCAUGUACUAUUAUGUAUGACCCUGAAACUUGGUCACAAUCGACACAUACAUGCCUAGGUGUAGCAGGAGUUACAGUCCUGACUGGUGGCUUCCAUCAUUUUAAUUCACCUUCGGAUAAGCUAAUUUAAUGAAUGAAACUGAAAUACCUGUGAAAUCCAUCUGUCUAUCUUAAGGAAAAAAUACAAAAUAAUGCAAAUUAAAAAAAUGUUUCUUCCACAAUUUACCUAUAAUAUGAAUAUAGUUAGACAAACAAAAGAAAAGUAAAUCCACUUGUUUCUUUUGAUUUAUAAAAAUUGACUUUAUUUUUGCAUUUAUUGGUCACAAAUUGCAAUGAACACAAUGCAGUUUUAAAGCAUAAGUUUUCAGAAUAUGAAAUGCUUACCCUCUAAGUUUAAAGGACCACUAUAGUGCCAGGAAAACAUACUCAUUUUCCUGGCACUGUAGUGCCCUGAGGGUGCCCCCACCCUCAGGGACCCCUCCUGCCGGGCUCUGGGGAGAGGAAGGGGUUAAAACUUACCUUUAUUCCAGCGCCGGGCGGGGAGCUUGCCUCCUCCUCUCCUUCUUCCUAGCGACGUAAUCGGCUGAAUGCGCAUGCGUGGCAGGAGACGCGCGCGCAUUCAGCCAGUCUCAUAGGAAAGCAUUCAUAAUGCUUUCCUUUGGAUGCUGGCAUCUUCUCACUGUGAUAAGCACGCAAGCGCCUCUAGAGGCUGUCAAUGAGACAGCCACUAGAGGCUUUAGAGGCUGGAUUAACCCUCAGUGUAAACAUAGCAGUUUCUCUGAAACUGCUAUGUAUAUUAAAAAAAAAAAGGGUUAAUCCUAUCUGACACUGGCACCCAGACCACUUCAUUAAGCUGAAGUGGUCUGGGUGCCUAUAGUGGUCCUUUAACAGCAGUAACACAAAAUAAAAUUGCUACACAAACCUUUUUUUUUUUCUAAAUGAGUUACCUCAAGGCCCCAGGGGUAUUUCUACACUACAAUUGCAUCCAAGUUCUGGUAAAUAUAACAUUGUGUUUUUCUCACACAUACAUAAUAUUACUUCAUCAAUGUGCAUUUCAUAUGUAAUUCAUACAUCUGUACUGUAUAAUGUAAAAUAAUACACAUAUAAACUUAGUCACAAACCUUGUUUGCAUAAAUUUAUUCUAAGUAGCUAUUAAACGAGACUGGACAUACUCCAUUUUGAAUACCCUUCUUUUGCAAAUUGUAUGUCAUAUGGUCUCAAAGGCAACAGCAAAUGUCAAUGUAUAUAAACUGAAAAGGGGAAAGCCCUAUAUUUUAUCCUGUUACUUUCCAAAACAACAUAAAAACUGUACAUGUAUAUUUUAUUGCAGUAAAAGCUAACAGUAUUAUGAAUUCACUGUUAAAAUGGCAUGCAGAACUUGGAAAUAGCAUUUCUUAAUUUCUCAAAUUUUUUAGAUUUUAUUAAUUUUAAACUAUGUUUCAUAUAUACAUAUUUGAUGUGACAUGAAAGCCCUAUUUCUCCUGAAAGAGGUAAAUUGAAGAUUAUGCUAGCGCUAGUGUACUUAUAAUCUUAAUUUUAAUGACAGGAGGCUUCCUAUUUUGCAUAACUCUCUUUACUAAACUCCACAGCAGUAAAGAAAGUGAAACAUUUAACCAAUCAAAAAUGCAAUAGGGAGUAUAGUAUCCCAGUAAAUAGGCUCCUCCCCUUCUUUCUUUACGGCUCCAUCGCAACAGGUCAGAGUUUUUGGCUCUUCCCUUGUAUUUUCUCUCUAUUGUUCAGAUUACAUUAUAUUUAUAUAUAUAUAUAUAUUUCCAUAGAUAUUUACUAUAUAUUCAUAGGUUUCUAUAUUGUCAGAUCUCUAUGCAUAUUUCUAGUCUAUUUGUUCAGUUUUUAAUUAUCUAGGUUCCAUUUAUCUGUUAUAUUUAUACAUUUCCUUCUCACUGUGCUUAAUCUUGCUUCGUCAAGCUUUUUCACUGCCCCGCCCUCGGGCAGACCUGGUCUAUCUUGCCGGCGGUCUCCACCGCCGGGUUACGUCACGGGGGGACCCCUUUUUCACCGCCGCCCCGGCGGCUAUAAAUCGCUCUGUGCAUAUCCGCUUGCGGCACUCACGGCACUGCAGGGUUGUGUUAAAAUGGCGGUCGCCGUGACUGUGUUAAUGUGCGUCAGGGAGCUGGGUAAGGUGGAGGGGUUGCGAUUUAUAGCCGGAGUGGCGGUGAAAAAGGGGGUCCCCCGGUGACGGAAUCCGGCGGUGGAGAUUGCAAUAGUUGCCUUAGUUGUCAGAUGUGCCAUAUUUUCCUCGACACAAUACUCCUUAUUAAAUGAAGGCGGUGCAAUGCAAUAGGGAAAUAAAGCAGUUAAUUUGGGUACUUGCACUGAUUAAUGAAUAGAUUUCCUCCUUGCAUUUUAUUGAUUCUACUUACUGCAGUGCUCCAUGAUAGUAUUAUGAGGGUGUUAUUGACAACCAUAGGAUUUUCUUUGUAUUAUUAUUACUGUUUUUAUUACUUUUUUUUUUAGAUGUGGCUGAUGGCCAACUAAAAAAAAAACAGAACAAUUUGCCCCCUGGCAAUUCCAGGCCCGGAAUUCAUAUAUCCAAGCUUGGAAUUGCAGCAUGUGGCCUGUAUUACAGCCAUCCAGUGGAGUUCAGCCCUGAAAUCCAGAUCAAUUUCAGGCAUAUUUGGAGCCUGAAUUACAAAAUCUGGACAUUGAUGAAUUCCAUAAAAAAUGCCCGAAUAUUACCGUCUGAAUGGCCCCAUGCUUUGGCCACAUUUGGUUUUGUGCUUGAACUUUAGUGAAUAAUGAAAUGAACCAAAAUUUAGAAUAUAUUGAAACAAACUUUUUGGAAUACAUUUAUUUUCAUGAGGAUAGCAAAUUAGGUACCUAACAACUGCAACAGUAAAAUUGGGAAAAUGUCUUUUUUGGUUAUUUUUGUACUUUCAGCUGUUUAUUAGAUAGCUCCUUACUUUGAUAUCCUAUAUUUUAUGUGGCAUUGCCAUUAGUAACCAGCUGUUGGGUUGCUCUCUAAUUUGUUAUCCUUAAAAUGACCAUCACACAUAAGGGUACCGUUAGGACAGCUGACGGAUCAAAUUUAAGAAAAUGGCUUUACUUUAUUUUUAUACUUUAAUUGAUUAGAAGACUACUCCCUAAUUUGCUAUCCUGUGUAUAUUACAGACUUUCUAUAAGCAUAAUGUGUAUAUAAAAGACAUCCUAUACGUCUGUAUACAAGUCUUAUAUAGAAAGGGUAGCAGCAGAAAAGGCUAGCAGUGAAAUAGAAAGAGUAGUAGAUACAAGUACAGAGAUUCAAUGGAAGUGGUAGAUGUAACACUGCAUGUGUAUAGAAUGUAUAUAUGUGUUGUGAGGUUGGUUGGAUGUACUGCCAAAUUCUCUGAAAUGCUUUUGGAGAUGGUUUAUGGUAGAGAAAUGAACAUUCAGUUCAUGGGAAACAGCUCUGGUCGACAUUCCUACAGUCAGCAUGCCAAUUGCAAACUUGCGACAUCCGUGGUAUUGUGCUGUGUGAUAAAACUGCACAUUUUAGAGUGGCCUUUUAUUGGGGCCAGCCUAAGGCACACCUGUGCAAUAAUCAUGCUGUCUAAUCAGCAUCUUGAUAUGCCACACCUGUGAGGUGGAUAGAUUAUCUUGGCAAAGGAGAAGUGCUCACUAACACAGAUUUAGACAGAUCUGUGAACAAUAUUUGAGAGAAAUUUGUGUACAUAGAAAAAGUGCUAGAACAGCUCAUGAAAAAAGUAGGGAAAAACACAAGUGAUGCACUUAUAAUUUAUAACAUGAUGUGGUACCCUAAUGUGGGAUUGCAUUUUAAGGAUACUAAAUUAGGGAGCUAUUUACUACACCGCUGAAAGAGCAAAAAUAAACUUUUAAUUUAUAUCUUUUGGCAGUUUAGUAGAUAACUUAAUAAUUUGGUACCCUUAUGUGAGAUUGUCAUUUUAAUAAUACCAAAUUAAAAACCUAUAUACUAAACAAGUGAAAGAGCAAUAAUGUGAACGCUGUUUAACCCCUUAAGGACUGAGCCAAAUGUACGCCUUUUGAUCAAAAUGAAACAUAAACAAAACUUGGAAUUUGACUAUAUGUCUGUUCAACCGUAAUUCCCAUCUUUCAUAUUAAGUACACCAACACUUAUUAUAUAUCAUUUUUUUCAGGGGAAAUAUGGCUUUCAUUUAACAUCAAAUAUUUAGCUAUGAAACAUAAUUUACUAUAAAUAAAAUAUUAAAAAAAUGUGAGAAAUCAAGAAAUGUUUUUUUUUUUUAGUUCUACAUGACAUUUUAACUGUGACUGUCAUAAUACUGUGUGCUUUUACUGCAAUGAAAUACACAUAUUUGUAUUCAGCGAUGUCUCACGUGUAAAACAGUACCCCCUAUGUACAGGUUUUAUGGUGUUUUAGGAAAGUUACAGGGUCAAAUAUAGCAUGUUACAUUUUUCAGUUUUUUCACAUUGAAAUUUGCCAGAUUGAUUACGUUGCCUUUGAGACCAUAUGGUAGUCCAGGAAUGAGAAUUACCCCUGUGAUGGCAUACCAUUUGUCGUGCACUAUAGUAUACGAAUUUCAGUGUGAAAAAACUGAAACACAAGCCUCAUAUUUCACUCUAACUUUUCAAAACACCAUAAAUCCUGCACAUGAGGGGUACUGUUAUACUCCGGAGACUUCGCUGAACACAAACGUAUCACAACAAUUAAUAAAGUAUCAUUGAAGUUAAAGUGACCUUCUCUGUCCAUUUUAAAUGUAUGCUUCAGUGCCAGAAGAUCAAAUCAACUGCAUUUGAGAACAAUAGCACACUUAUGUAGACCUUUGCAGCGAUGUUUUGAUAAUACAGGGUCAAAUUUAGAAGUCUAACUAUUUUAGAUUUCAUACAUAGGAUUUUUACAUACUCCCCACAAUUUAGUCAACAGAGUUAAAGUGGCUCGGACACGUCUUAGUAUUUCAUGUACAGAGUUAUUCUCUAACAUCUAAAUUGCUCUGUACCUGUGGGGCAAAACGAUUUUGUGUGGUACAUUGCUUACGCUAUCUAGCAAUUUGAUUCAGCUGUGCAGGCUAUUUCCUAAAAAGCUAUGUGACAGCCAUUUAAAUUAGGAUGUCCACUGCUUGUGCGUCACAUGGGAUGACACAUUCUGAACUACCAGAGGAAGAAUAGCUUCCUCUUUGAUAUCAUACAACACGAGUAGGUUUAAAAUAACUAGAAUUAAUUAAAUUAAGAAGCUCCUUGUACCAUAACAUAUGCAAGGUUUAUAAUUAGUAAUGCCGCUUGAAGUAGUUCUAAAAUUAUUUCUGAAUUUCCCUAUUUCUCUUCUAGGAAUAACAAUUGUGUACAAAUAUGGUGGCUUUCAAAGGCGUAUGGACUCAGUCUUUCUGGAAAGCUGUCUCUGGAGAAUUUAUGGCUAUGCUUAUUUUUGUUCUUCUCAGCGUUGGCUCAACAAUAAAUUGGGGUGUAGAAGACAAUCUUCAGCAAGCAGAUGUUGUUCGCAUAUCUCUUUGUUUUGGGUUCAGUAUUGUUACUAUGGUGCAUUGCUUUGGACAUAUCAGUGGAGCUCAUAUCAAUCCUGCAGUGACCAUUGCAUUUGUAUGUACAAGGAAAAUAACACUUGCCAAGUCAAUAUUUUACAUCGCUGCACAGUGCUUGGGUGCCAUUACUGCAGCUGGACUUCUGUUUAUCAUAACGCCUGUAAAUGUGAUCGGCACCUUAGGAGUGACUGCGGUAAAUAUAUCUUUCUGUGUAGUUUUAUUUAAGCAAAAGUAUUAUUCAUUGGUGCAUUUCAACCAAAAAGGCAUUUUUCAGUUCUAUAUAUUUUGGUGUUUAAUGAAUAAAGUUUAGAUUUUCGAAAUAAGUGUAACAAUUAUUUGAUUAACAUUUUUUCUGUUAUGUUUAAUUUAUUGUUUAUUUAUUUAAUGUGUUAUCUAUAUAAUGCUUUAAAAAGAUGGGUCACUUCCAUCCUGGCAUGUAAUCUGAUUCUAUGUCCAUUUAAACAGGUUAGUGCCACAAUGUUAUAUUUUUACAUGAAUUCGAAUUUUACAAUUACACCCUGCUCCAAAUUAUUAUGCAAAUUCUAUUUAAGUGUCACAAAGAUGAAAUAUUCAGUUUAACUCAUGGAUGGCAUAGUGUCUCAGGGCUCUUUUGAUCACUGAAAACAAUCUCAGACACCUGUGAUAGUUAGAUUGCCAGGUGAGCCCAAUUUAAGGAAAAACUACUAAAGGAGGGUGUUCCACAUUAUUAACCCCUUAAGGACAGAGCCAAAUGUACACGUUGUGAACGAAACAAAAUGUAAACAAAACCUGGCAUUUGCGCUACAUGUCUGUCCAACCGUAAUUCACCUCUUUCAUAUUAAAUGCACCCACCCUUAUUAUAUAUCAUUUUAUUCAGGGGAAAGAGGGCUUUCAUUUAAUAUCAAAUAUUUAGCUGUGAAACAUAAUUUAAUAUGAAAAAAAUGGGAGAAAAUAAGAUUUUUUAAAUUUUUUUAGUUCUACAUGACAUUUUAACUGUCAAUGUCAUAAUACUGUUUGCUUUUACUGCAAUAAAAUAAAAUAUACAAUAUAGGUGCAAUACAUAAAAAACAAAAAAUAAAAAUAAGAGCAGCUACACACAUCCACCAGCGACUAAAAAUGAGUAUAAGCUCAAAAGUUAAACAAAGCGUGUGCGCUCCUUAAUCAUAAAACAUGUGGUAAUUAAGAAUGUAAACAAAUCAAUAAAUCAGUAUUUUAUUCCAAAAAAUAGAAUAUCAAAUGUAAAAAACCAGAUCAAAGAUGACCUAGACUUGCUAAUAUGGGAUAAAAAACAAUGUAUCCCUUAAGAAAGGCAAAUAUAAUCACACAAAAAUACAAAGUGAACAAAUAGGUCAAAAGGAUAAUCUCCGACACUAAGUAAAAAAGUAACAAAGUGUCAGAGUAGCAUCCCUAUUAGACACAAAUACAAGUAUAACAAUUCUAACACGUCAUAUUAAACUAAGUAUAUACUGUAAUCGAUAUAAAAAGUACCUUUCCUCGGUGUGGGCCCCCCACCGAGGUGUAUACACAGAACGUGUAGAAAAAAUAAUACUGAAUAAAAUGAGCUGGAGGCAAAAAUGAAAAACUUGGAGAGAUGGUAAAGUCCAACAAGUGGCACAGAUGGUUCCUCAAAAUGAUGUAAAAUAUACCGCGGUCGGGAUCUUCAAAAAAGACCGCGAUAUAUACAGGACACACUCAACGCCACAGCUCGUUACAGCUUCAAUGCCAAAUGAGUUUCUCCGGUGGAAAAAACCGCCAAAAUACAAAAGUGCUUCCUGCUCUCACUCCUCAAUCACAGCAAGUGUAGGUUCAUCCGAUUCAUCCGUCUACGCGUUUCGUCCCUCCCACGGGACUUUAUCAAGACAGGAAAUACGGUGUAGAGUAACCCGGUAUAUAUACCCCACAAAUAAGGCAAUCAGAAAAUACAGAAUUGGAUUCACUUGCAUGUAUAUAACACAUCUUAUCAAAAUAUGAUUAAACUUAAAUAUAAAGGAAAUAAAUGUAAAAACAUUCAAAUAGUCCUAAUAUUUAGGUCAGGCAACAGGUACAAAAAACAAUAUAUGUAACAGAAAAAAUAAAAAAUAAAUAAAAAAAAAUAAAUAAACAACAUAACGAUUAUAUAUAAUUUAGGAUAAAAAACAUAAUUCACUGUAACAUAUCAGAAUAAUUCUAAUUCCUCGUUUAAGCCAUUAGGUGACAUGGAAUUCAACUUAAAGAUCCACACUGAUUCGGCCUUAAUUAAUUCACGUUUUCUCUUCGCUUCAUCCUGAUGGAAGGGAAUAUGUACUAUUCCCAUUAGUUUAAGGCCAACAGGAUUAUUAUCAUGAAAAAUAGCAAAGUGACGGGCCACCGGGGAUCUGCUGUCAUUCCGUAAUAUGGCUGUCCUAUGUUCUCGAAACCUACAUUUCAAGGGUCUGAUAGUUUGGCCCACAUAUUGCCGUCCACAGGGACAAAUGAGGAGAUAAACCACAAAAGAAGUGUUACAGGUGAUUGGUGACUGCACAGAAAAGAUCUCAGUACUAUUAAACGAGCUAAAUGUGAAAUGUUGAUGACAAAUAAAUCCACAACUUAAACAUUUAGCAUGACCACAACGCUUGUUAACUGCAACCUCUUGGCGAACUACCUGGUGUCCUACAUUUCGACAAUAUAGCUUCGAAGGAGCUAGAAUGUUUUUCAAAUUAGGGGCCCUUCUAAAGGUAACCCUUGGAACCUUUGCAAUACAAAAUGACAACCAAGGGUCACUGGUCAAUAUUGGCCAAUAUUUGUCAAAAAUUCCUAUAAUCUCAUCAAAACCUAUAUUGAAGGUAGUGGAGAAUAUGGGUGUUUUACCUGUACCAACCUCUUUGGUGCUGAUAUUAAAUUUUGCUUUUUUCAGAGAAUGGCCACAGGACCCACCCAGAAGUUCAAGGAUCUUGAAGUGUUCUCUGGAGUGAUAUUCUAGUCCUCUAUAUAAGGAUGGUAUAGGGGAGUUCAUCAUGAGUAAAGUUUUAUUAUGAGCCUCUGUCCGUGGUACCUUCCCAAACUCAAUGCCUUUCAAAUAGGCAUCCAAAAUAAUCCUCAGGGGAUAAGCUUUCUCUACAAAACGUUGGGAGAGCAAUAGUGCCUCUUUUUCAUAGUCACACAUAAAGGAGCAGUUACGUCUGAUUCUGGUGAACUGCCCUGAAGGGAUAUUAUGAAUCCACGUGGGAUGAUGCCCACUUCUGGCAUGUAGAUACCCAUUAACAUCCACACUUUUCUGGUAGGUCUUGGUGAUAAUUUUGCCCUCAACCCCAAUAAGGGUGAGAUCCAGAAAAUCUAUAGUAGAUUUAUGUUGUUUAUGUGUGAAAGAGAGGCCCCAUUGAUUAUUGUUGAUGGAUGUCAUAAAAUCCUCUACUUCACCCCAAUUACCCUUCCAGAUGAUAAGGAUGUCGUCAAUGAACCUACGAUAGAGUGCGAGUCGCCCCAUCCAAAACUGGUUAGCAAAGAUCGUAACUUGUUCCCAGUAGCCCAUAAAUAAAUUGGCAUAGGACGGGGCGAAACUCGCCCCCAUCGCGGUUCCUUUAGUCUGUACAAAAAAAUUGCCAUUAAACUCAAAAUAAUUAUGUUUCAGCAUAAAUUCGGUGAACCUGAUGACAAAUUCAGACUGUUGAGCUGGAAGGAGGGGAUCAGAAUUUAAAUACCAGGUCAGAGCUUUUAAACCCAGAGCAUGGUCUAUAUUAGAAUAUAGAGCUGCCACAUCAAUCGUGAGCCAACAGUAGUGUUCCUUCCACUCUAACUCUUUGACGAUGGACAACACAUGUCCAGUAUCCUUCAAAAAGGACGGUAGAUGUGGAACAAAACGUUGUAGAUGGAAAUCGACCCACUUAGAAAUCGGUGCAAUUAGAGACCCUAACCCUGAUAUGAUAGGGCGACCCGGUGGUUUUUCAAGCGAUUUGUGCACCUUGGGAAGGUAAUAGAAAAUGGGGAUCUCUCCUUGAGCUGAGAGGAAAAAAUUCCUCUCUUUCUUAUCAAUGGCUUCAUUUAGAAAUGCUGAUUCAAUAAGGUCUCUCAGUUCCCUUCUAAAACAUGUAGUAGGGUCUGACUCUAAAAUCUCAUAAUACUCUGGAUUCCCUAAAAUUCGCUCAGCUUCCUGUAAGUAAUCCACUCUAUCCAACAGGACAAUACCCCCUCCCUUAUCUGCCCCUUUAAUAAUAAGAUUGUGAUUAUUCUUUAGGCUGGUAAUAGCUGCUCUCUCAGAUGCCUCCAAAUUAAUACACACUCGAUCUUUUUUCUUUUUGUAAUCAACACAUAGAAUUUUCAGGUCUUUCAGGACUAAUUCAUAGAACAUUUGUAAAUAAGGGCCUUUAUCUCCCUGUGGGUAAAAGGUCGAGGGGGGUUUUAAACCAGAUGAAAUAUUGGACUCAAGUAUACAUAUAAGGUCGUCCUUCUCUCCUUGCGAAUCCUGUUCUUCUAAUAAUGCGACAAGAUUAUGAAAAAUAAUUUUAUCCUGUGGGGUAUUUAAGGACUUUGGACAAACUUCUCUGCCCUUGGCAUCCCUAAGAUUAAAAGAUCUGAUGACCGUAAGUUUUCUAAUAAAGUGGUUUAGGUCUUUAAACAAAUCAAUUAUGUUUGGUAAUCUAUCGGGAGCAUACUUAAGUCCUUUAUUCAAAAGAGAGAUUUCCCCCGCAUUUAGAUUAUAUGUUGACAGGUUAAAUAAACCUUUAAUUAGAGGCAUCUCAUUUUGGCGGGACUGUUUUCCCCUUCCCCUCGUUCCUCUACGAGAGCCCCCCUCCUUUUCUGGGGGCGUUUGAAUAAAGGGAAUGUUUUGUCUUUUUCCCAUUGGGGAGUCGAUUCUAAAAAAUCAUCUGUAUGAUCUAUAACAUGCUUUCUAUAUUGAUUGAUCUUUUUAGGUCUCAAGAAAUGGUUUUUUUUUUUAGUUCUACAUGACAUUUUAACUGUGACUGUCAUAAUACUGUGUGCUUUUACUGCAAUAAAAUACACAUAUUUGUAUUCAGCAAAGUCUCACGUGUAAAACAGUACCCCCUAUGUACAGGUUUUAUGGCGUUUUGGGAAGUUACAGGGUCAAAUAUAGCACGUUACAUUUGAAAUUGAAAGUCACCAGAUAGGUUACGUUGCCUUUGGGACUUUAUAGUAGCCCAGGAAUUAAAUUUACACCCAUAAUGGCAUACCAUUUGCAAUAGUAGACAAUCCAAGGUAUUGCAAAUGGGGUAUGUCCAGUCUUUUUUAGUAGCCAUUUGGUCACAAACACUGGCCAAAGUUAGCGUUAGUAUUUGUUUGUGUGUGAAAAAUGCAAAAAAUGCCAAUUUUGGCCAGUGUUUGUGACUAAGUGGCUACUAAAAAAGACUGGACAUACCCUGUUUGCAAUACCUUGGGUUUUCUACUAUUGCAAAUGGUAUGCCAUCAUAGGGGUAAUUUUCAUUCUUACCAUAGGGUCUCAAAGGCAAUGUAACCAAUGUGAAAAAAAAUGAAACACAAGCCUUAUAUUUGACGCUGUGACUUUUGAAAACACCAUAAAACCUGUACAUGAGGGGUACUGUUGUACUCGGGAGACUUCGCUGAACACAAAUAUUUGUGUUUCAAAACAGUAAAAAGUAUCGCAGCAAUAAUAUCAUCUGUGUAACUGCUGUUUGUGCGUGAAAAAUGCAAAAAACUUAACUUUUACUGGCAAUAUCAUUGUUGUAAUACUGUUUUGAAACACUAAUAUUUGUGUUCAGCGAAGUCUCCCGAGUAGAACAGUACCCCACAUGUACAGGUUUUAUGGUGUCUUGGAAAGUUAUAGGGUUAAAUAUAGUGCUAGCAAAUUAAAUUCCCUUUACUCUCGGCAUGGGUUGUCAGGCAGGUCCCGCUAAUUGUAAUUAAUUAAGAUACCUAAUUAUGUAAAAUAUUACAUAAAUAAAUAUGUAGAAUUAAUAUAUGUAUAUAUAUACGUAUGUGAAUCUAUAUGUGUAUAUAUAUAUAAUUUUUUUAAAAAUAUUUUUAUUUAUAUAUAGGUAUAUAUAUAGUGAUAUAUACGUAUAUAUUUAUGUAUGUAGAUAUAUAUUCGUUCUACGUGUAUUUUGAUAUAAAUAUAUAUAUAUUAAUAUCACAAUACAGUUAGAACGAAAUGACACACAUCUAUAUAUUUUUUUAUUAUUUUUACAAAAAUUUUUUUUAACGUAUUUACAUAUUUAAUUUUUUUAUAUUAUAUAUAAAUAUAUAUAUAUAACAAUAAUUAUAUAUAUAUAUAUAUUUAAUCAGUAUCCGUCUACGUGUAAUUUGAUAUUAAUAUAUAUAUAUAUAUAUAUAUAUAUAAUUAUAUAUAUAUUAAUAGUAAAAUACACCUAGACAGUAUAUGUGUGUGUAUGUAUAUGUGUAUAUAUAUAUACUUAGAUAAUAUAUCUAUAAUAUAUAUAUAUAUAUAUGAUCUAAGUAUAUAUAUUAUUUUUUUUACACUUAGAAACUUUCAUUAAUUUUAUUUUCAGCCAGCAGGGGGACCACAUGUCAUUACAGGCAGCCCCCAUGCUGGCAAUGCUGCAGCCAGCUACCCCCGGCCAUGUGAUUGUGGGGUCCUCGCAAGGACCCCACUCUCACAUGGCUGGGGGGCUUCCAGGGGGUCGGACAUGCCGCGGGGGGCUCCCUGGGAGUCCCCCCAACCGCGAUUGGGUAAGCACCGAAAGACCAGAGGGCGUACUAUUACGCCCGGCGGUGUUUAGAGCCGCCUAUAAUAGGGCGUAAUAGUACGCCCUCCGGUCUUAAGGGGUUAAAUGACCACUCUAGGCACCCAGACCCCUUCAGCUUAAUGAAGUGGUCUGGGUGCCAGGUCCAGCUAGGGUUAACCCCAUUUUUUUAUAAACAUAGCAGUUUCAGAGAAACUGCUAUGUUUUUAAAUGGGUUAAGCCUUCCCCCAAAGCCUCUAGCGGCUGUCUCAUUGACAGCCGCUAGAGGCGCUUGCGUGAUUCUCGCAAGCGUCCAUAGGGAAGCAUUAUGCUUUCCUAUGCGACCGGCUGAAUGCGCGCGCAGCUCUUGCCGCGCGUGCGCAUUCAGCCGACGGGGAGGAACGGAGGAGGAUCGGAGGCAGAGAGCUCCCCGCCCAGUGCUGGAAAUAGGUACGUUUUACCCCUUUUCCCCUUUCCAGAGCCGGGCGGGAGGGGGACCCUGAGGGUGGGGGCACCCUCAGGGCACUCUAGUGCCAGAAAAACAAGUAUGUUUUCCUGGCUCUAUAGUGGUCCUUUAAGCAGAGCACCAUUUUCAUGCAAUAUGGGAAAGAAAAAGGAUCUCUCUGCUGCUGAAAAGAGUGAAAUAGUUCAAUGAUUUGGACGAGGUAUGAAAACAUUAGAUAUUUCAUGAAAACUUAAGCGUGAUCAUCGCACUAUUAAGAGAUUUGUGGCUGAUUCAGAGCACAGACGGGUUUGUGCAGAUAAAAGCACAUUGAGGAAGAUUUCUGCAAGAUCCACGUAUCCGAUCAAGAGAGCAGCUGCUAAAAUACCAUUACAUAGCAGCAAACAGAUAUUUGAAGCUGCUGGUGCCUCUGGAGUCCCACGGACCUCAAGGUGUAGAGUCCUCCAGAGUCUUGCAAAUGUGCAUAAACCUUCUAUUCGGCCACCACUAACCAAUGCUCCCAAGCAGAAACGGCUGCAUUGGGCAGAAAAAUACAUGAAGACUAAUUUUCAAACAGUCCUGUUCACUGAUGAGUGCUGUGCAACCCUGGAUGGUCCAGAUGGAUGGAGUAGUGGAUGGUUGGUGGACGGCCACCCUGUUCCAACAAGGCUGCGACGUCAGCAAGGUGUUGGUGGAGUCAUGUUUUGGACCAGAAUCAUGGGAAGAGAGCUGGUCGGCCCCUUUAGGGUCCCCGAAGGUGUAAAGAUGACCUCUGCAAAGUAUGUGGACUGACUGACCACUUUCUUCCCUGGUACAGAAGAAAGAACUAUGCUUUCCGUAAUAAAAUUAUCUUCAUGCAUGACAAUGCACUAUCUCAUGCUGCAAAGAAUACCUCUGCAUCAAUGGCUGCUAUGGGGAAAAAAGGAGAGAAAGUCAUGGUAUGGCCUCCAUCCUCCCCUGACCUCAAUCCUAUUGAGAACCUUCGGAGCAUCCUCAAGCAAAAUAUAUAUGAGGGUGGGAGGCAGUUUACAUCCAAACAGCAGUUCUGGGAGGCUAGUCUGACAUCUUGCAAACAAAUUCAAGCAGAAACUGUCCAAAAACUCACAAGUUCAAUGGAUGCAAGACUUGUGAAGCUGCUAUCAAAUAAGGGGUCCUAUGUUAAAAUGUAACGUGACCUGUUAAAAUGUUUAAAAAGUUAAAAUGUUGUUAUAAAUUUGAUUGAAAUAGCUUUUGAUUUCAGUAAAUAUGCUGCAAACACAACAAAUGUCAAUUUUCAGUUCUUUACAACCUAUAAAGUGUUUUGAAACUUACUGUGCGCAAUAAUUUGGAACAGUGCAUUGUAAGUUUUUUAUGUUUAAAAAAAAUACUGUUAUCAUUAGGAGGUUUUGUACUCUUAAUAGUUGAUAACAUGAGAAUUAUGCUGACUGUUAUUUACAUCAAUUAUUUAGGUAAAUGAGAAAAAUAUAAUUUGCAUAAUAAUUUAGAACAGGGUGUAUAUGAAAUGCAGACAAAUAUCUAAGAUGUCAUUACUAAAAAAAGAACUUAUUGUACAACAUAAAAGACAGACCAACUCUCAGCCCCUUUGUAGCUGCUCUGAGAAUGAGAACGUUAUACUUCUAUACUAUACAGUCAAACCUUGGGUAUAGGUUAGCCCAGUGUGUACAGCCAUUCUUUGCUGUAACUUCCACAUUAUCCAAGUAUCUACAGUGAUGCAGGAAUCUGGGUUCUGGGGAGAACCCCUUUUUUUCUGAUGCCUUGAAAAUGGUUUAACAAGAAACAGCAUCUGAAAACUCACUACAGCGUAACCAGUAAAAGGAACUGUAGUGGUUAAGGUGCCUAGAUUGUCCCAAUAUUUCUGCACAUACCAGACUAUGAUGAAAAAUUUGAGGCAAUUUUUGGCAAAAUAAGUUAAAUUCUUUAAACUAUAUAUAUUUAUUGUUCUAGAGCAGGGGGAGAAAUGGCAGAUCCCCAGAUGUUGUAGAAGUAGAACUCCCAUGGUGCUUUGCAUGUUUUUAGAAUGACAAAGCAUCAUGGAGACUGGUGUUUUAAAACAUCUGGGGAUCUACCUUUCGGGCUGCACUGUUCUAGAGGAGCACCCACAAAAUCUGCAAAACUAGAAAUAACUGCAUGUGCUUUGAUGUCAAAUAUGGGAAGGUCACAUUUUAGUAUACAUGUGUAACAAUGUAUAUGGUUUAUAUAAUAUGGCAACUGAUGGGCAUGGCUAAUGUGAACAUCUUCAAGUAAAUCCUUUUAUGUAGGUGUGUAUAAGUUUAAUGCAUUUGUAAAUGUAGGAGCACCAACUUAUCAUUUGUGUUAAUCAACCUGUGCUGAAACAAAACAAAAAACAUGAUUGCAAGCUGGGUGAGUAUGGAUAAAAUUGCAAUCUUUUGUAAAUUAAGUGCUAGAAGGGAAAAUCACAUAUUACACUCAAUCUACCUAAAUUUCAGUUCUCCUAAUGCUCACUCAGCUCUUGAGAAUCACAAUAAGAACAGCAAUUGUUUUUUCUCUAUACCAUACUAACAACGGUAAAGAAAAUAAAAAGGAAAGAUGUGUGAUUUUAACUCCCAUGAUUUUCAGAAAGCAAUGAAGGAGCAUUAUGGUGAUUGUAAUUAAUGUACAUGAGGACUGGUCUCUUACCCCACUGUGUCUCCUACCCACUUUGUGUUUCUAACCCCUCUUUGUAGCUCUUCCCCCUUUCCCCUUGUGGCUCAACCCCCAGCCAAAUGUAUGAUCAAGCAGCUUGAUUCUUUAUUCACUUUUCAUUUGUCUCAGACUUUUAUCAGAAUGGAAAUCCCUGUGGGGAUUAAAGGGUAUACAAGAUCAAGUGCACUCACAAACUCACUAAACACCAGCUUUAAAAAAAAAAAAAAAAAAAAAACACCUGACAAGCAAAUAUAAUGUUGUUUUUUUUUUGUUACAGUAUAUGAUAAUACGUUGCAUAAGCCAGCCACAACACCAAUGUACCCCAUUUUUGGCAGGUCUUGUUCUUGCAACCUAGGGCCUUUUUUAACCAUGUGUAUAUUUUCUAAUUUAUGUAAUUCACAGCUGAAUGAAGGACUUUCUGUUGGGCAUGGACUUCUUAUAGAGAUUUUAAUUACAUUCCAAUUAGUUUUUACAAUUAGCGCAGCUUGUGAUUCAAAGCACAAAGACAAAUUGUCUACACUAUGUAUUGGAAUUUCUGUUAUGGUUGGACACUUGUUUGCUGUAAGUAUGCCAAUAUAGCAUUUGUUAUACAUGUUUGUUUUUAUUUAUUUUUUUGCUCUUGCUUUUGUCUGUUAAAAUUGUUCUAUUUUUAUUUUGUUAUACUUGUUUGUCUAUAUAAAACAUUUAAUCUAUAAUAUAACCUAAAUAACAAUGUAAGUAGGGAGAGUGUGUCAGGUUGCUAAUAGUUAAUGGGGGUUAACCCCUAAAGGAAAUAUAAAUGAGAGCGAGAACGGAAGGCAAGGUCCGGGAUAAGUAAGUCUUUAAAUCUCUUGACCUAACCCUUUCAUAUGCUAAAGCAACACCUAUAAACUAGUAUUAAUUAAAACAUAACUAUCAAAGUGCCAAACAGCAGAGCUCUCAGUAGCUCAUAAAAGUGUGAGUGAGACACCUAUAUACUUAUCUGUCUGUGAAACCAUUAAUACAUAUUACACUAUUUUGUUGUAUUUCUGUUUUAUUUUGAGGUUUCCUGGUACCGAAAUACAAAAUCACUUUACUCCAGAGAGAAUACACAUAUAGAUCUUUAUUACACACUAUAGGGUUAUUGUUAAGAUUGAAUAUACCUGUGUGAUUUUUUUUUUUAGUUCUUUUUGGUGCGGUUUAUCAACUGUUUUGUCACAUUUCUGUAUCUUACGCAAGGUUUGAGAAUUCUUGUAGAUUUACUGCUGCCUGUGCACAUUAUAGCGAGCACCUACACCUGUCUUUUUUCUGUACAUUUUAAAUUAAUAUACACGUAAAAAGCAGAUAACAUUCAUAUCUUGUAAUACCUUUUUUAUUGGUCUAACAGAAUUUUUUAAUGACAAGCUUUCGGGAGAACCUCCCUUUCUCAAGUCUGAAGCAUUUCUGAGUAAGACGACACAUAGAAUUCAAAGUUGAGUUGUGAUACAGGGGUUAAAGCGACAUGAGUGCAGAUUAAUAUACAUUAUGACAGAUCAGCCAUAAUAAAAUGAAUAUCUAAAUAUAUCACUAUGGAGUAGAGAAAGCAAAUAUAUCCAUACUUUGUAAUGUGGCAUGUAGAAUGAAAUUGUUCAAUAUAUGUAUAUUAAGACAAAUGUCACAAAUAUUCCCAUCAAGUAUUGUAGUGAAUGUUUUCAUUUUAGGAAUAAAUAUUCAUGAUUACUGCUUUUGACACAUUUAUUUCACAAUUAUUUGGAUAUAUGUACUUGGAGUGAGUCCUUUAUUUUCUUUUCACAUACAAAAUACAGUAUGUAUGAAAAAAAUAGUAGUUAAGAUGACAGUUUUUGUGCAGAUAUAAUGUAAGCUUUAAAGCUAGGGUAAUUAAAUUUUGCUUGAUAAUUCAAACUAUUUUUUGUUCUGCAUGCCAUUAAUGAUAGACAUAAACUCUGAUACACAAUUGAAAAUUAGAAACAAAAUAGUUUAAGGUAUCAAAGUGAUGAAUUGCAUAUUUAUGUAUUUAUGAAUCUUGCUAAAUUUGGAAGUGCUGUGCCAGUGUAAAAACGUUGAAGUCCCUUAGGGAGUUGCCCCUAAUUUUUUAAGUAACACUUAUGUAUGUUGAGGAAUUCUGCUUGGGUUUCGUAUGGGUGCGGUGCAUGCAUUUUGAGGAUGUGUGUAUGUGUUUUGUCUGUGGUGUUAUGUGAGUGUAUACAUAAUCUGUGUGUAGUGUUGUGUAUGUGUGAUUGUAUGUGGCCUGCCUGUUACGUUAUGUAUGUGUGUGGGCUGUCUGUGGUAUGUGUGAGCUUUCUGGGCUUUUGUGUGUGUGCUGUCUGUGAUGUUAAGAGUGUAUAUGGGAAUUGACUAUAGUAUUUGUCUGUGUGUGAGUUUCAUUGGGGCUGUUUUUGCUGAUUUAUGUAGAGGGCUGUUUAUGAAGUUGUGUGUGUGUGUGUGUGUAUUGUGUGUGGGGUAUUUGCAAGAUUGCUGUGGAGGCUUAGUGAAAUAUACUUAAUAUGAUCUUUUUUGCUGACCUUCCCUAUUGACUGCCUUUGGUGGCCAGUGAGAGGGCAUGAAACCUGAUUAAUUCCUAGCGUUCUGGUAGAGCUUGCGGUCUGCACCUUCCACACCUGCAGACCCCUUUUGAGUCUCACUCUCUCACUUUACCAGUAAGUCGGAGUGUUGCUAUGGUAGCCCACAGCAGCACUCUGACUCACUGAGACGUGCCAUUGUGCAAGGGAGAGCUCUCUGUAAUUUCUGCACCUGGGACACUCUGGGCUAGCUGGGGAGAUCCUGUUGCAACUCCUGGUGUGUGUGUGUGUGUAUAUAAAAUUAAACUGGAAAUUGCAUUUUAUGACAUGCUAUCUAAGAGGAGUAAAGUAUUUCAAGCACAACUGAUACAAACUUGUUGGUUCUGCUUAUUUCAAUAGAUUAACUACACAGGAGCAAGUAUGAAUCCGGCACGAUCCCUUGGCCCUGCUGUCAUCAUUUGGAAAUGGGAAAAUCACUGGGUAAUACCGCAAUUCUUAGAAUAUCCAUUAUCAAAUAGUUAAAUAUUUGGUAAAAGUUAUAUUAAAAAAAAUCAGAAAAUACUUCUUCUAAGCAAAGGAAUUUUAAAUGUUUGCUAUUAGAAUAAGAAUAUGCUCUUCAAACGAUUUCAUAUUUUUGGAUACACAUUUAAAAUAAUUCAAUGAGCUGUAAAAUAUUUUAAUAUUUUGAUGUUUAUGAUAUAUUUUAAUAUUUCUAAAGAAAUAUUGUAAUUUCCCCCCCCCAAAUUUUAAAUUAUUUGAAAAGCUUACCUAACAAUAUUAAAUUGAGGCCUUAACUUGCUCUAAUUUGGAGUUUAGUGAAAAAGAGAGAAUGUGCAUUGGCGUGUUAUAAUAUGUGAUGAUAUUUAGAUGUCAUGUUCAAAUUUCAAAGUAAAUUCAAAAGCAGUUUAAAAUAAUAGUCCAUGACUAGGAAAGUUAUAUUAUUCAUGUUUUUUGGCCUUAAAUUGGAAAUUCACUUGAAAUUCGAGAUAAAUCACACUUUAGUAAAUAACCAGAUAUGUGCAUAUACCUUUCAACAUAUAAAAAGUAAUUUUCUCAAGUUAGAACUGUCAAUUGGGGGAAAAUCAUCCACUAAGGUUCUACCUGUAAAUAAAAUAUAGAAUACAUUUACUAAAGUCACAGUGGGAUAAUUAUCAUGCAUUCAAACACUUAAGAACAUAAUUAAAUAGUUAGAAAGGUCACCUAAAAUAUCUACAGUGAGUUUCUUAUACAUUUUAUCAAGGUCAAUCUCAAACUACCCGUUUAAAAUACUGUAUUUUUUAUGAUUUAGAUUUACUGGGUUGGUCCGAUUAUUGGAGCUGUAUGUGCUGGAGCUGCUUACGAUUAUAUUUAUUGCCCUGAUUCUGAACUCAAGCAGAAUUUUAAAGAUGCUCUUAAAAAGGCUACACAGAAAACAAAAGGGAAAUAUAUUGAAGUGGAUGACACCAGAAGCCAGCUGGAUGCAGAUGACCUAAUUCUAAAAGCAGGAGCAAUUCAUGUUAUUGACAUUGACCAGACUGAAAGGAAAAAAGCCAAAGAUUCAGCUAGUGAAAUAUUAUCUACCGUUUGAAAUCUACAAUAGGCUUACGUGGG